CGAGCUGAGGCCCCAGAUCAGCGGCCGCGGGCAAGGUCGCCCAGCGGGCACUCGGCCUGGGUGUCGGGGCGGCGGGGAGGGGCGGGGCCGGGGCUCGGGGGCGGGGCCGGGGCCGGGCCCUGCGCCUGCGCCAUAAAGGCUGCUGUGCUCCCCCGCGCUCCGCUAGCUGCGCGUUGUCGGCGCUCCUUCCUACUCUUCGCGAGUCUCAGCCCGCGUACCUUCUAGUUCCACUAUGGCCGCUCUCACCCGGGACCCCCAGUUCCAGAAACUGCAGCAAUGGUACCGGGAGCACGGCUCCGAGCUCAAUCUGCGCCGCCUCUUCGAUGCCGACAAGGAGCGCUUCAACCAUUUCAGCUUGACCCUCAACACCAACCAUGGGCAUAUCCUGGUGGAUUACUCCAAGAACCUGGUGACGGAGGACGUGAUGCGGUUGCUGGUGGACCUGGCCAAGUCCAGGGGCGUGGAGGCUGCCCGGGAGCGGAUGUUCAAUGGUGAGAAGAUCAACUACACCGAGGGUCGAGCCGUGCUGCACGUGGCCCUGCGGAACCGGUCAAACACACCCAUCCUGGUAGAUGGCAAGGAUGUGAUGCCAGAGGUCAACAAGGUUCUGGACAAGAUGAAGUCUUUCUGCCAGCGUGUCCGGAGUGGUGACUGGAAGGGGUACACGGGCAAGACCAUCACGGACGUCAUCAACAUUGGCAUUGGCGGCUCUGACCUGGGGCCCCUCAUGGUGACUGAAGCCCUUAAGCCAUACUCUUCAGGAGGUCCCCGCGUCUGGUAUGUCUCCAACAUUGAUGGAACUCACAUUGCCAAAACCCUGGCCCAGCUGAACCCCGAGUCCUCCCUGUUCAUCAUCGCCUCCAAGACCUUUACCACCCAGGAGACCAUCACGAAUGCAGAGACGGCAAAGGAGUGGUUUCUCCAGGUGGCCAAGGAUCCUUCUGCAGUGGCGAAGCACUUUGUUGCCCUGUCUACCAACACAGCCAAAGUGAAGGAGUUUGGAAUUGACCCUCAAAACAUGUUCGAGUUCUGGGAUUGGGUAGGAGGACGCUACUCGCUGUGGUCGGCCAUUGGACUGUCCAUUGCCCUGCACGUGGGUUUUGACAACUUCGAGCAGCUGCUCUCGGGGGCUCACUGGAUGGACCAGCACUUCCGCACGACGCCACUGGAGAAGAACGCCCCCAUCCUGCUGGCCCUCCUGGGUAUCUGGUAUAUCAACUGCUUUGGGUGUGAGACGCACGCCAUGCUGCCCUAUGACCAGUACCUCCACCGCUUUGCUGCAUAUUUCCAGCAGGGUGACAUGGAGUCCAAUGGGAAAUACAUCACCAAAUCUGGCACCCGUGUAGACCACCAAACAGGCCCCAUUGUGUGGGGGGAACCAGGGACCAAUGGCCAGCAUGCUUUUUACCAGCUCAUCCACCAAGGCACCAAGAUGAUACCCUGUGACUUCCUCAUCCCGGUCCAGACUCAGCACCCCAUACGGAAGGGUUUGCAUCACAAGAUCCUCCUGGCCAACUUCCUGGCCCAGACAGAGGCCCUGAUGAGGGGUAAAUCAACGGACGAGGCCCGAAAGGAGCUGCAGGCCGCAGGCAAGAGUCCAGAGGACCUUGAGAAGCUGCUGCCACAUAAGGUCUUUGAAGGAAAUCGCCCAACCAACUCUAUUGUGUUCACCAAGCUCACACCAUUCAUGCUUGGAGCCUUGGUCGCCAUGUAUGAGCACAAGAUCUUCGUUCAGGGCAUCAUCUGGGACAUCAACAGCUUUGACCAGUGGGGAGUGGAACUGGGAAAGCAGCUGGCUAAGAAAAUUGAGCCUGAGCUUGAUGGCAGUGCUCAAGUGACCUCUCACGAUGCUUCCACCAACGGGCUUAUCAACUUCAUCAAGCAGCAGCGUGAGGCCAAAGUCCAAUAAACUCGUGCUCAGCCACAGCCUCCUCUGUGACUGCUCCUUUUCGUCCUUCCUCCCCAGAGCUGAAACUGCAUGGUCCUGGCCCCCUCCCACCCAGAGCGCCCUCUGGUUGCGGGUUUGGACCACGAGCCCUUUUCGGGGAAGGCUGGUCUCGAAUUGCUACCCCCAAGCCCCUCCAUAUCUGCCCUCCCUCUGUGUUACAAUUGGCUGAAGUGUUUCUGCGCAGCUGACUUUUCUGACCCAUGUUGACACUGUUCACGUCCCAUGUAGAAAAAUAAAGAUGCCGCAGAGGAGGCUGUAGGGCUCAGCCUCUGAUUUUUUUCCUGA